UUCCCGCAUGCAGAGCUUGGUUUCUCUUACGAACACUUGGACAACUAAUUUAUUUUGGUAUACAUAUGUAUUGAGGAAUUGGAAUUACAUUACUUGACAGAUUAAUGUGGGCAAACUCCUAUCUGAAUAACUUCCUCAGAGGGGCGGCGAGAAGGAGUAAAGGCCAAUCCAAGAAUUACUUCCUCCCUCAUUGUUUCAGAGAAGGCGAAAACAACAUGCUUUGUCCAUGUCCAAAAGCAAUAGAAAAGGAAUAAGAAUCACCGAACCCAUGAACGGUAAACCAUAAAAACCACUCCACCACCUCAACAAGCCUCCUUGUCUUGCAAACCACAAUUCUAUAUCCCAACGAGAGAGAUUGAGAAGUAGAACCAGACAGAGAAUUUUAAACCCACAAAGAAGGUCGAGAGCGAGAGAGAAAGGCAGAGAAUGGCCAUGAGAUCAGGAGCACCGCGACCACCCACCUCUUCAUCUCCACGACCGCAAGAGAUGACUCGGCCUCGUUAUGAAGACAUCCAACCGAAGUCAGCAGAGUGGAGAGAAGAAAAAGCGGCUCAUGUUUUGGAUGUCCAUCUUCCAGGUUUCGUUAAGGAGAAAAUUCAGGUAACCUUGAAUGACAAUUCGCGCUCCUUCAAUGUCCGAGGAGAACGUCCUCUCGGGGACAACCGGAUCGGCCGUCUCAAAAUGGAUUACAUCAUCCCAGACAACUCCAAGAUGAAGGACAUGGAGGGCAGGUUCCAGAAUGAGGUGCUCACGAUCACAAUACCAAAGGAAUACGUUUCGCCAUUCUUUGUUCCCAAAGAAAACAGCGCAGGGGCACAGACAUCACCGGAAAAAGACCCGAGCACCGCUCAAAAGCCUCCAGUGAUCAGUGAGCCACUAAGAGUUACCGCACCACAAAUGCCACCACCUGAAACUCCUCUCUCCUCCACCACCAAACAACCGGAAAGACGAUCAGAUUAUGAGAAAUUGGAGUCUCCAAAGGGCACGUCGUGGGAGAGGGAAAUGAAGAGGGCCAAUGACACUGAUGUUGCAGGCUUUGAUGGCAAAGAGGUAAGCAGACAUAAAAAAUCAGAUUCGGACAAGUCAAAAGCAGGAGAGAGUAGGAGCGAUGCUGAUGACGCUGGGAAGACGAAGAGGGAUGGGAACUUGGGUGAAGCAGAGAAGCAGUUGCUUUUGAAUAUGGGUUUGGCAGCUCUUACGCUUGUGGCGCUUGGGGCUUAUGUUGGUUAUAACUUUGCUUUGUCCUAGGUCAGCCAAAGGCUAAUCUACCUUAGGAUCAUGUCUGAAUAUAUAUAAGUUCAUCGCAUAGUUAUGGGUGUGAAAUAACAUUAGAGGUAGUGAAAAUGUAUAUGCGUGUUUACUUCAAAUGCAUAUUUGUACAGGACCUUGAAUAAACAAUCCUAUCGAAUGCUAGAUUAUAGUA